UGCCAUAAGCCGCUGAUAAUUCAACCAGUAAUCGUACACCAAGCUCUGUGAGAACUUUUUCCAAUAUGAUGCAAAUCAAGUACUUGUUCGCCCUCUUCGCUGUCCUGAUGCUGGUGGUCCUGGGAGCAAACGAGGCCGAUGCCGACUGUCUGUCCGGAAGAUACAAGGGUCCCUGUGCCGUCUGGGACAACGACACCUGCCGUCGUGUCUGCAAGGAGGAGGGACGCUCCAGUGGCCACUGCAGCCCCAGUCUCAAGUGCUGGUGCGAAGGAUGCUAAGCGUUCUACAAAGCCCGUUUUGCUUUUCCCUACUUUCAAAUAUUAUAUGCUGCAAUAUUGAACACCUAAUAAACACAAAAUAAUGUACAUUAA